UUAUUAGGGUUUCUCAGCUUCGAGCUUUUUGAACCGCUGUUAUCAUCUUCUCUCCUCUCUCCCCUGCAUUCUCUUCAACUAUGCGAUUGCAGAACAUUCAUCAAUUCAAGAACAGAACGAACAAUUGAAGAAUCUUUAUAUGUAUACACACACAUACAUAUAUAAAUUUGUAUGUUAGCAGUGAUGCUGUGGCGUGUUGGUUGUGUAUCAUUCUUUUCAAAAGCCCCAAUUCUCUUAGUCUACCCCAGAAAUCGAUUUCUUCAUCAUUCACAUCAUUCUUUGAAACCCAUUUAUGUUAGUGUUCGUUGUGUCAAUCGUUUCUCUAUGAGCAAAUUGACCCAUCUCUGCACCUCUGCAGCUCUAAUUCGCCAACCCACUUCAUCAAAUGCACCGAUUUCGAACAGGUCAAGGAAGAGAGCUCGCCGCGAGAGCCCCGAAGGAUUGCUUCGGCACAAGCUUGACACGUGUUCGCAGCAAGGCGACCUCGUUGAAGCCCUUCGUUUAUACGAUAAUGCUCGGACCAGUGGAGUUUCUUUAUCGCAACACCAUUACAAUUCGUUGUUGUAUUUGUGUUCUUGUUGUGGAGAUGGGAAUGGGAAUGGGAAUGGGAAUGGGAAUGGGGGGUUUUCGAAGGAUGUAGUGAAUUUGGGUUUAGAGAGGGGUUUUGAGAUUUUUAAGCAAAUGGGUAUUGACAAAAUUGCUCCAAAUGAGGCGACUUUUACGAAUUUGGCGAGGUUGGCGGUGGUGAAGGAGGACCCGGAAAUGGCUUUUGAUUUGGUGAAGAAGAUGAAGAGUUGUGGUAUUCCACCCAAGUUGAGGUCUUACGGUCCGGCAUUGUUUGGGUUUUGCAGGAAAGGGAUGGCUAAUGAGGCUUAUGAGGUUGAUGCUCACAUGGUUGAAUCCGGGGUUUUGGCUGAAGAGUCCGAGCUUUCGGCUCUUUUGAAUGUCAGUGCUGAAACUAAGAGGCCUGAUAGAGUUUAUGAAAUGUUGCACCGGUUGCGUGCCACGGUGAGGCAGGUCACGGAAGAGACUGCUGGGGUUGUGGAGGAUUGGUUUGAGUCUGAAAGGGCUGCAGAGGUUGGGGAGGUGAAUUGGGAUGUGGGUAAGGUGAGGGAAGAGGUUGUGAAGGGAGGAGGGGGGUGGCAUGGACAAGGGUGGCUCGGAAAUGGGAAUUGGAGAGUUACGAGGACGCAAAUGGAUGAAAUGGGUGUGUGCCAAUCGUGUGGAGAGAAGCUUGUUAGCAUUGAUAUUGAUCCUAAAGAGACUGAAAACUUCACUACUUCAUUGACCAAUUUGGCAUGCCAAAGAGAGGUUAAGGCUGAUUUUAUGCAGUUUCAGGAGUGGCUUCAGCGGCACGGUCCAUUUGAUGCAGUUAUAGAUGGUGCAAAUGUGGGGCUUAUUAAUAGGCAUAAUUUCAACUUUUCCCAGCUUAAUUCUGUUGUAAAUCAGUUACAUCAAAUGAGCCCGUCAAAGAGAUUACCACUUGUUGUUUUGCAUAAAAGUCGUGUUACUGGUGGUCCAGCGCAGAGUCAUAACAACAAGAAGCUGUUAGAGAGCUGGAAAAGGUCUGGUGCACUUUAUGCUACUCCUGCCGGUUCAAAUGAUGAUUGGUACUGGUUAUUUGCUGCAGUUAGUUGUAAGUGUUUGCUGGUGACAAAUGAUGAGAUGAGGGAUCACUUGUUCCAAUUGCUAGGGACUAGUUUUUUCCCAAGAUGGAAAGAGAAACAUCAGGUCCGGUUGACAACGUCAAUGUCAACGCAUAGACCUAAGCUUCACAUGCCGCCACCGUAUUCAAUUAUCAUUCAGGAGUCGGAGCAGGGUAGUUGGCAUGUACCAACCAUUGUAGGCGAUGAUCUCGAGACACCAAGGCAGUGGGUCUGCGCCACCAGGGCCAGGGACCCUUCAUCACACACUCUUUAAGUUGUAGAAUAUUGUCCUCUUCCUAUAUUCAGGGUGGGAGAGGGAUAAUUUUAAAAAGAAGACAUCAAUCGGGCUUAUGUAUUUUUAUUUAUCCAUUCUUGAAAAAAAAGAAAAAAGAUGAAAGAUGAUAGUCUCUCUCUACAUGGUGGAACUUUUCUAUGUAGAAAAGAACGGUCCUAACCCUAAUUUGUUAGAUCGACCUUGACCUCGAGGAAAAGACUGGGGGAGGGUGGCGGAGGGGUUGGUGAUGGUGGUGGUGGGUGGAGUUAGGGUUAGGGUUUGGCGGAUUGGGAGUUAAUUUUGGUAUUAAGUAGAUCGUUUAAAGAAUUAUUGUAAAAUUUGAAAGCCCCCAUUUUUUUGUACUUGAA